CUGACUUAAUUAGAAGAAAAAGUGGACAUUGGCGCCAGGGAAGAAGCGAAAGUGAAAGCGUAGGAACAAUCGAUUAGGGGUAAUUUUGACCAGUGAGGGAGCCACCGUAGCUAGAGCAGGAAAGCACAUCCAACAACUGCCAACUCGACUGCCAACCUUGGAAGGUGGUACAUGUGUCCGAUGUAUCUCACUGCUAAGAAUUCGCAUUAGUGUGCAUCAACAGAACUAAAGCACCAACCACCCUUAAGGAUGAAUACAAUACUUUUUUGGUACAUACUUUUUAAAGGAACGGUUGGACUUCGUCUCAUGAGACUUGAAGUACCUUCAGCAGCGAUUAGAGGCGAACCUGUAUGGUUAAACUGUACAUUCGACUUAGAAUCAGACGAGUUGUAUUCAGUAAAAUGGUACAAAAACAACGUAGAAUUCUACAGAUUUUUACCGACAGACCAACCACCUGGCCAAAAAUACGAUCUGAUGGGAGUUUACGUAGACGUAAGAACGGUUGGACUUCGUCUCAUGAGACUUGAAGUACCUUCAGCAGCGAUUAGAGGCGAACCUGUAUGGUUAAACUGUACAUUCGACUUAGAAUCAGACGAGUUGUAUUCAGUAAAAUGGUACAAAAACAACGUAGAAUUCUACAGAUUUUUACCGACAGACCAACCACCUGGCCAAAAAUACGAUCUGAUGGGAGUUUACGUAGACUCAAAUUUAAUGUUACCAGAGGAUGGCCCAACAAUAACCGGCAUAAAACCACAAUACCAAAUUGGAGACGAAGUAAACGUCACGUGCUCGGCAGGACCUUCAAAACCGGCAGCAACACUAAAGUGGUACAUCAAUGGCAAAGAGGCACCCGUAUCGUACGAAACAAGAACAAGACCCCUGAGACACAAAGACAGGUUACAGAUUUCUACCCUGGGGUUGAACUUCGAAGCUAGGCCUGUCCACUUCUGGAAUGGAUCUAUGAAAUUGCGCUGCACUGCUGUUAUAUCUCAAGCAUAUUCUAUGAGUAGCGAAGAAAUCAUUGUUGGUGAUAACGCUCGUGCCUCAGGCUUUCAUUCUGGUUUACUUGGAGACGGGCCAACGAUUACGGGUGGUAAACCAAAAUAUCAAGUAGGUGACGAAGUGAACGUCAAUUGCACCUCUGCCAAGUCGAAACCGCCAGCAGAACUAUUAUGGUUCAUCAACGAUCAACCUGUCAUAAACGACAGACGAGUAAGUGAAGUAGAAAAUAUUCCUUUAUAAUUUUAAUAUUAAUAAAAAUUCCUGCAUAUUUAUAUUAAAAAUAAUAAUAAUAGAAAAUCCUUUCAUCAAUGAACAGAAAAGACAACA